GUCCUCUUUCUUCUCACACGAGCCGGGGAGCGAGCUGUUGAGAACGUGUACAAUCAUUAGUUUUCGCCAAAUCAUCGCCAAACUCAUAAUCUAUAUCCGUUGUCCAGUCUUAGUCUAUAACUAGAUUUUCGUGUACCCACUACCAAAGAUGGGUGAUAGACAAAGACGCCUUCAUUGGGCCGACGAUGAACAUUCAAACCACUCACCAACAACGUCGACCACCGCCUCUACGGCGCUAAUCGACAGCCGUGGAAGCGAAUUCAAAGGACUUCAUAGCUUUAGCAGACUCGCUCAUAAGCCCUUGGGAAUUUUGACGGGCCUGUGCAACAGCAUCUGGCGAUGGGUUGCUGAAUGGUUCGUAACGUCGGAUAUUCUAGGCCCCAUUUUUGGCGUAGCCGUUGCGACAUCCCUCAUAAUAAUUCUGUUGUAUCUUCUGGUUUUCAUAUACAAGCCUGUUUCUACUAAGGUAGACUUACCACAUGAUUUUAUUUCUAAUAAUGGAAUCACUACCGAUGGUAAACCAGUUGAUGGCAUCUCCCGUUGGCUGACGGAUUUCACCCGCUCAGUCAUACCUAGGAAUUGCCAUUCCCAUAACGACUACUGGCGACCAUAUCCGCUAUUUUCAGCACUUGCGGCAGGCUGUGUAAGCGUGGAGGCAGAUAUCUGGCUUAGUGACGACGGUCUUGAUCUCCUGGUUGGCCAUGAUCGUAGCUCCCUCUCGAGCGAACGGACUCUCCAAACGAUGUACCUGGAUCCACUAUUAAUGAUCCUUGAGUACCAAAGUCUACAGAGGCCUAUUACGGUAUUUAGACAGGCACACGGAGUCUUUAAUACCCAGCCGGAUACCGCUCUUAUCCUCCUAAUUGAUGUGAAAACGAAUCCGACCGACACCUGGCCGCUCUUGAUAAAGCAGCUUGAACCGCUUCGGAAAAAAGAAUUCCUUACACGCUUUAUUGCCAAGCAGGGCAUCUGGCCAGGCCCUAUCACAGUCGUUGGCACAGGCCUUCUAGACCGAGCCACCUUUUUUGAUUACAAACAUCAAAGCUACGCCGAUUACGAGACCUUUCACGACACCUUUAUAGAUGCGCCAUUAAGCACUUUGGCACAGGAUAAUACGUUGUCGCAGGUUCCCAGCUCCCGCCAAGCGCCCCUUGGCCAGAUCUUGAGCAACUUGAGCCAGUUAUGGUCUGCAAAUGAUGCAUACUAUGCCUCAGCUUCUUUCAAAACAACAAUUGGAUCAGUACGAACCGGCUUUACAAAAGAACAACGGGACAAAGUGAGGGCCCAAGUUCAAGCGGCGAGUCAGAGCGGGCUUAAGUCCAGGUACUGGGACAUCCCUGACUGGCCUAUUGGGUACAGGGAUUACAUCUGGAGGGUAUUGACCGAGGAGGGCGUUGACAUGCUCAAUGUAGACGACUUGGAAAGUGCUGCUCGUCGGGGUUGGACACAAUGGUAUCUAAGGGAUGUACUUUGGAUGUCACUGGUAUCGCUGUACCUAUUGAGCUGUGGCAUUGUCGGUUUGUUUCUGCUUACCCGACAUUCACGGAGCCAUAACGCACAUACGUAAUAAAACAAUUCAAAGACUGAUUACUAAAGAGCUAUAGAGAUAUAUUCUUAAAUACAUGUAGGCUAUGGAGUC